AUGUCAAGGUACAUCGGCAAGCCACCAGCCGGUGCGGAUCUUGACGCAAACCAAGCACCCCGGAACAAUGGCGUUCUCACGACAUUGGUGAUCCUGGCUACGAUUUCCAUAGUGAUACGGCUGGUGGCGAGAUUCAAAGAGCCGCAGCGGAAACUGUUCCUGGAUGACUGGUUCAUCAUUGUCGCAUGGCAACCCCUACUUGCUCUGCUCAUUAUUGGAUGGGUGGGAAGCCCGAUUGGUCUCGGUAAACAUGCGUGGUGCACUAGUGUCGCCCAUUAUAUGGAGUUAUCAAGGUACCUUUUCACCUCGAUUAUCGUUUAUAUCUUUGUCCUCGCGCUGGUCAAACAUUCGAUCCUACUCUUCUACCGCCGUGUUUUCGGUCCAUCUUGGUUAUACUAUAUCGCCACAGCAUUUACGAAAACCCCCCGUGGCGGACACUGGCGUUUCGACUUCUACAAGUAUUAUGUGGGCAACGCCGCUGGUAACAUUGUCACCGACUUUGUCGUUCUGUUGGUGCCCGCCUGGACAAUCUGGAAUUUGAAGAUGCGACUGUUACAGAAAAUCAUGGUCUCCGCUGUCUUGCUGCUAGGUGCAUUUGUCUUUAUUGCUAGCUGUGUCCGACUACAUUACUUGACUUUCCUCAAGGGCGAAGGUGUGCUGGAUCUUCCCUGGACUAUGGGCCCCAUUUGCCUGUGGUCUGUCAUUGAGCCCUGUAUUGGAAUGAUCACCGCUUGUUUCCCCACGAUGCAAGGAGUCGUCCAAUCCGCCCUCAAACUCGAACAAAACCAUUUCAUCCAAAAGCACGCCCCGAUCGUCCGUUCAAGAUCCGACAUGCUGGACAAGGCACUGGGCAAGCAGGGUAUUGACCUGCACUUCCAAAGUGAACCCGACCGACAUAGCGGGGGUCACAAAAUCACCCCAUCUUCUACGAUAUCCGAUAGGUCACAACAGGAGGACGACUACAUCCGACUGUUCACUAAUGCUGCAUAUGUGGAGGCCUCGGAGCCAACACGCCAGAGAGGGCAAGGGCUACGGCCGAUUGAGGAGUUUUUGGGGCCGUCUUUUAUUCGUGUACAGCACGAUGUGGACGUAAGCUACGAUCGCAGGUAUUAG